CAUCAUAGAGCGAAUUUUGUUUAGUUAAAAAGUGCAUUGUGCAUUGGAAUUUGUGAAACGUCCACGUGUAUAUUUGCUGUAACGGCAAUUGCAGAUUCUUUUAUAGAUGGCGCAGGUGGUAGAGCUUCAGCUGGAUAUGGAGAAGGCUGUGGAAAGUGUGACAAUUGACGAAAAAAACAGCGUACCAGAAAGAGCGCCCACUGCCGUGGACAAACAUGAUACCAAUGCUGACGCCGACGCGAAAAUCGCGAGUGCAGCUAAUGACGAAAGUACCGUGAAGCUGGAUAAAUUGGAUGAGUUAAGUUCUUUAGAACAGGAAAUCGCAAAAAUGCAUAACAUAAGCAUUGAAUCGAGUGUCGCAGAGCAGUCCGAGGAGGGACUGCAAGAAUGUGGAAAAUCUGUUCCCGUUCGCAGCAGCAGCGGUGCUGAAAAUGGUGGAAGUGGAACUGACACUAAAACCGCUAAUAACGAGCCUGCAGCGACACGCACAGUGCCAACUGAAUCAGGCAAUGGAUUGCAACAUGUACAGGGCGAGGGUGCCGCGUCCGCUCUGGAGGAGGUUGAUCUCAUUGCACUGCUGAAGGGCACAGACACGGGGCAUGACCAAGAGGAGAAGAAAUUAGAACUGGCCCUAGCUGAACUGGAUAAUGUGGGCGUCACCAUCGAAGGUGAGGGGCAAUAUGAAAUAAUGGAAAUUGAUGAUGGUGAUAAUAGUUUGGAAGCGCAAGCACCUCACGUCGAUGCUACUAAAAAGACCACGUCGUCACCAAUAAUGCACAGCAACAAGCCCCAAAACAAACCAAAACUAUCACCGGAGCAGGCGCGUGCCGUGGCGUUGGAACAAAUGGCGGACCUUAAGUCGCAGGCGCAAGCGCGUCGCAAGGAAUCAAAUGUCACUGCUAAGCCACAGGAUAUAAUAAGCACACUCAAUGACGAUUGGAGUGAGUACGAUAGCGGUGGAAAUGAUGCUAUUGUGUCCAACGCAAGCCUCUUGCAAGCAACUAAAAAACUGCAAGUAAAAAUGAUGAAACCUUCGCGGGACAUAUCUCAUUUGGACGACAAGCCAAUCAUUAACAGCGUGUUGGUCGUAAAAGCAAUGCCACCAUUUCCAAAGCCAACAAAGCUCAUUGAAAAAGAAGGUGGGGCCAAUACCGAAUCCUCCAGUACAGAAAACAUUGGUUUCAAGCGCCAGCGUGUCAUCAAAAGGAAAAUAAUAUGGGAUCCCGAUGUACCCGAAACACAAAGAUCAUAUUCUCAAUACGCUAGUCCCAAAACUGUUUCCACGCCCCCUCCAGUAACAACAACCAGCGCUAUCAAACCAAGCAAUAUAUCCAGUCCAACGCUGCUGACACAAGUGGCCAAGAAGGAGGGAAUGGCAAAAAAGGCACGCGCUACAACUCCCAAGGCACGACAACGUCCAGAGAGCGCGUUGAAAGAUCCCAUCAAGCUGCCGGUCAAACGGGCGUCAACACCUUCAAGAGCACCAACAGCAAAAGUUGAGGUGACAUCGCCUUCAAAGCGACGCUCCCAAACACCCGUCUCCACACUGCCUAAUGGCGCUGGUGCAAUCAAGAAGAAAAAGAUCAGUGAACUCGAUCGUUUGAUGGGCGAUGAGGGUGCUGUGGUAAUGAUACAGGCCGUGGAGCAGGAGAAGCGCGAGUUAAGUGGAGGGGACAACAAUAACACCAACAAUAAGGUCAUGCGGAAACGCGCAAUGACCAUAGUGGGAAGGCCAACGCGUGUGGGAGAUUCCACAACCGUAUCGCCGAAGAAAGAGGAAACCACUAACAACGCUAGCGCAGCGAAACCAACCAAAUCUGCAAAGAGUGCAACGUCCGAUGUUGAUGCAGUUUUUGCGAAGACAAGCACAGUCACCGGCAAAACUAAAUCACGUGCCUCCGACUCGUGGGAUUAUGUAUAUAAGCAGCGUGCCAGCGAAGAAUCGAUGAUAAUGCGAAGACGAUCCAACAGUUCAUACUCGAGUAAUGCCUCCGUAACUCGCGUAUCGCUGGACGCAAAACCAAAUGCAAUUCUAUCCGAUGAUGAGCCGUCGUUCAAGUUCUUGAAGCCCGAGACUAAAUCAAGCCAAAGAAGCGGCGACGCCAGCGCUGGACAUACACUGGCCAACGAUUUGAAGCGUGAUUCACAGCCACAAAAGGAGAGAAAGUCCCCCAAUAGUGCUAACACAAACAAAUCUCAGAUAGUGACUCUGCACAAGCUCGACAAAGUGGCACAAUUAGUGAUCAAUACCGCGCGUGCAAAAUCCGCUCACACAUAUAACAUUCAGCUGCUACACAAACUAACAGACAUGUUGAACAAAGUCGCCAAGAGUAAUGAAUACAAUACGGUGCUCCUGUGCACGCAGGAUCAGCAAUUCUGUCAGGGCAUUGAUUGCCAUGAACUGAUUGCGCCUGCUGUCGAAAAGCGCAAAAACAAUGCCAGUCAAUUGGCAUCAGCAUUGAAAACAUACCUGAAAACGUUGGCAACAUUCCCGAAACCGCUCAUAGCUGGAAUUGCAGGCAAUAUUAAAAAUCUGGGUGUUAUGCAACUGCCUCUGUUAGAUUAUGUGGUGGCAGCAGAAAAUUGUUACUUUGAUACCAGCUAUGCGAAACUCGGACAUCUGCCAGAGGGUUAUUCACUCUGGAACAAUCAUCCAAAGGUUUCCAACAGUGUGCACACGCGCCUGUUCCUGCUGGGCGAGCGACUGCAUACAUCAGAUUUAGAGACACCAAAUGGCUUAAUUAAUUGUGUUAGUCCGGCUUGCAGCGUAAACGAUGAGGCGUUGAAUUUGGCCAAACGUAUCUCCACAACAACAGCCGAGAACUAUCGCUUAUUAAAGAGGUCACAGCAUGCAACGACAAGAAAUUUAGAUGCGUUAAGCCACCUAGAUGAGGAAUUCCAAGUAAUAACAGAGCAAUGGGUAACUUCUAAUUGCCAGGCAAACCUCAAGCGUUACUUAAGCGAUACAAAUGUAUAGCGUACCCACCCAUAAGGAUCAUCGAUCUACCAUAAACAAUACCUACCAUACCAUUACAAAAUGGUAGCGAGCAAUUACACUUUUUAGAAAAUAGUUCAAAUUUGUCUCUAUUAAACAAAAAAAAUAAAGCUACGCGUGUGUAGUAAACAUUUA